UUUUUAUCUUUGACCUUCAUACUUUUCUCUCUCAGCAGUGACUGUGAGGUUUUGUCCGUGUGAAGCUUGGCUGAAGCUCCAAAGUCUCUGUGACUGGAUGUGAACUGAGCAGCUGAACAUCUUCCAUGUUGUAGUGAGUGAGUGCAGCUCUCCCAGCAGCUGUUUCUCUGCUAUGGAUCAGUGUGAGGACAGAGAGGAGGGAGUCCCUCCCUCUAAAAGCUCUCUGUGUGGGGAACAUGACAGCCAGACCAAAGCUCAGAGGAUGCAGCAGCAGAGAGCAGACUCUCCUGAACCCAGCUGUGUGUCCAUGAAGAGUGACCGGUCUAUGGAUCAUCCUUUUAACUUUAAAGAUGGACAACCUGCUGAUGGAAGAGUUCAGCAGCAGAGCUCAGAGGUUCCCAGUGAUCAGUCUGCACAGCAGCAUCAAACACAGCUGGACUCCAUAUUUAUGCUGCUGGAGGAGAACAUCGUCACUUUUGUGAAGAACGAGCUGAAGAGAGUCCAGAGGGAUCUGAGUCCAGAUGACCCAGAAUGCUUAGAGAGUCAGAGUGAGGAUGAAGAGGAGUUGGAUGGUGAGGAGGAAGAGCAGAGGAGGAGCAGCAGAGAGGCUUUUCUGAAGAUCACACUGCACUUCCUGAGGAGAAUGAAGCAGGAGGAGCUGGCUGAGCUUCUGCAGAGCAGUAAGAAGUUGUUGUUUGUUCAUUCAGGAGCUCGUGCUGCAAAGUGUCGACGUAAACUCAAGUCUAACCUGCAGAAGAAGUUCCAGUGUCUGUUUGAGGGGAUCGCUAAAGCAGGAAACCCAACCCUUCUGAAUCAGAUCUACACACCGCUCUACAUCACAGAGGGAGGGACUGCAGAGGUCAAUGAUGAACAUGAGAUCAGACAGAUUGAAACAGCAUCCAGGAAACCAGUCAGACCAGAAACAACAAUCAGACAAGAAGACAUCUUUAAAGCCUCACCUGGAAGAGAUGAACCAAUCAGAACAGUGAUGACAAAGGGAGUGGCUGGCAUUGGGAAAACAGUCUUAACACAGAAGUUCAGUCUGGACUGGGCUGAAGACAAAGCCAACCAGGACAUACACUUCACAUUUCCAUUCACUUUCAGACAGCUGAAUGUGCUGAAAGAGAAAAAGUACAGCUUGGUGGAACUAGUUCAUCACUUUUUUACUGAAACCAAAGAAGCAGGAAUCUGCAGGUUUGAAGAGUUCCAGGUUGUGUUCAUCUUUGACGGUCUGGAUGAGUGUCGACUUCCUCUGGACUUCCUCAACAAUAAGAACCUGACUGAUGUUACAGAGUCCACCUCAGUGGAUGUGCUGCUGACAAACCUCAUCAGGGGGAAACUGCUUCCCUCUGCUCGCCUCUGGAUAACCACACGACCUGCAGCAGCCAAUCAGAUCCCUCCUGAGUGUGUCGGCAUGGUGACAGAGAUCAGAGGGUUCACUGACCCACAGAAGGAGGAGUACUUCAGGAAGAGAUUCAGAGAUGAGGAGCAGGCCAGCACCAUCAUCUCCCACAUCAAGACAUCACGAAGCCUCCACAUCAUGUGCCACAUCCCAGUCUUCUGCUGGAUCACUGCUACAGUUCUGGAGGAUGUGUUGAAAAGCAGAGAGGGAGGAGAGCUGCCCAAGACCCUGACUGAGAUGUACAUCCACUUCCUGGUGGCUCAGUCCAAACUGAAGAACAUCAAGUAUGAAGGAGGAGCUGAGACCGAUCCACACUGGAGUCCAGAGAGCAGGAAGAUGAUUGAGUCUCUGGGAAAACUGGCUUUUGAGCAGCUGCAGAAAGGCAACCUGAUCUUCUAUGAAUCAGACCUGACAGAGUGUGGCAUCGAUAUCAGAGCAGCCUCAGUGUACUCAGGAGUGUUCACACAGGUCUUUAAAGAGGAGAGAGGGCUGUACCAGGACAAGGUGUUCUGCUUCGUCCAUCUGAGCCUUCAGGAGUUUCUGGCUGCUCUUCAUGUCCAUCUGACAUUCAUCAAGUCUGGAGUCAAUCUGCUGGCAACAUCCUGGUGGUCUAAACUGAUUACCCCAUGGUGGUCUAAACUAUUUCAAGACAAUCCUGAACCAACGCAUCUCUACCAGAGAGCUGUGGACGAGGCCUUAAAGAGUCCAAAUGGACACCUGGACUUGUUCCUCCGCUUCCUCCUGGGUCUCUCACUGCAGACCAAUCAGACUCUCCUACGAGGUCUGCUGACACAGACAGGAAGUAGCUCACAGACCAAUCAGAAAACAGUUGAGCACAUCAAGAAGAAAAUCAGUGAGAAUGUGUCUGCAGAGAGAAGCAUCAAUCUGUUCCACUGUCUGAAUGAACUGAAUGAUCGUUCUCUAGUGGAGGAGAUCCAACAGUACCUGAGAUCAGGAAGUCUCUCCACAGAUAAACUGUCUCCUGCUCAGUGGUCAGCUCUGGUCUUCAUGUUACUGUCAUCAGAUAAAGAUCUGGACGUGUUUGACCUGAAGGAAUACUCUGCUUCAGAGGAGGCUCUUCUGAGGCUGCUGCCAGUGGUCAAAGUCUCCAACAAAGCUCUGUUGACUGUCUGUAAUCUCUCAGAGAGAAGCUGUGCAGCUCUGUCCUCAGUUCUCAGCUCCCAGUCCUCUAGUCUGAGAGAUCUGGACCUGAGUAACAACGACCUGCAGGAUUCAGGAGUGAAGCAGCUUUCUGCUGGACUAGAGAGUCCACACUGUGGACUUGAAACUCUCAGUCUGUCAGCAUGUCUGAUCACAGAGGAAGGCUGUGCUUCUCUGGCCUCAGCUCUGAGCUCCAACCCCUCCCAUCUGAGAGAGCUGGACCUGAGCUACAAUCAUCCAGGAGACUCAGGAGAGAAGCUUCUGUCUGCUGGACUGGAGGAUCCACACUGGAGACUGGACACUCUCAGGAUGGACCAUGGUGGACUGCAGAGACUGAAACCUGGUCUGAGGAAGUAUGCCUGUGAACUGAAACUGGAUCCAAACACAAUGAACAUACUCCUCACACUGUCUGAUAACAACAGGAAGGUGACACGUGUGAAGAAGCAUCAGUCAUAUCCUGAUCAUCCAGACAGAUUUGACUUCUGGUGGCAGCUGCUGUGUAGUAAUGAUCUGACUGGUCGCUGUUACUGGGAGGUCGAGUGGAGUGGAGAGUUUGAAAUAGCAGUGAGUUACAGAAGAAUCAGCAGGAAAGGAAACAGUGCUAACUGUAGGUUUGGAUGGAAUGAUCAGUCCUGGAGACUGGACUGCUCUGAUGAUGGUUACUCUGUAUGGCACAAUAACAGAGAAACACCCAUCUCCUCCUCCUCCUCCUCCUCCUCCUCCUCCUCCUCCUCCUCCUCCUCCUCCUCUGUCUCUAACAGAGUAGCAGUGUAUGUGGACUGUCCUGCUGGCACUCUGUCCUUCUACAGAGUCUCCUCUGACUCACUGAUCCACCUCCACACCUUCAACACCACAUUCACUGAACCUCUGUAUGCUGGGUUUGGGCUCUGGUCUGGUUCAAUGUCUCUGUUUCCUCUGUAGGAGGGAGAGUCUCUCUGUGUCCUCUGUAGGAGGGAGAGUCUCUCUGUGUCUCUGUAGGAGGGAGAGUCUCUCUGUUUCCUCUGUAGGAGGGAGAGUCUCUCUGUGUCUCUGUAGGAGGGAGAGUCUCUCUGUCU